AUGGCCUCCGAACCGACCGAGGAAGCUAUCACCAGCUUCGUCAGCUUCACAAGCACAACACGCGAGCAAGCCAUCGCCUUCUUGAAGGGAAACAAUCUCGACUCACAGAAAGCGAUCAACGCGUACUUCGAAGAUCCGACAGGGUCUCAGCUAAAGCCGAUAACUAGCUACUGGAAUGACAACAGAGGCUCUUCAUGGGAUUUUGCCCAACAGGACAAUGCGCCACCAAUGCCAGCGACAGCACCACCCACUCGCCCUCCUUCCCGAACAGAUAUACGCGACCCGGAACAAAAUACUGGAUAUCAAGAUUCUGUCGCGAUCGCUCCGAAAGAAGGUUCCGGACAAGGUCUCAGUUUGGCGGAACGCGAGGAAAAGGAAUUGCAGCAGGCAGUUGCUAUGUCAUUGAACUCGGAAAUAGGACAGCAGGAAACCGGGGUGACGUUGCAUAAACAGCCACAAUUCAACAAAGCAACCCGAGAUCACUACGAAGAAGGUGCCUGGGCGAUGACCCUAUUCAACACAUCAUCCGAAGAAGUCAUGAUUAGCCCAGAUCCAGAAGACCGCAAAAGAGUGGAGGGCGAGCCUGCGUUCAUCCGCCCGAACCCUAACGGCAUUUACCUGGGAGGGCUCUUGACAAUUCUCCAUAGUAUUCCCCUCGCACGAGAAGCGUUGCUCUUGCGGAACAAACCGCUGUUUGACUACGGCCAUGAGUCGCAGUGGUGGAACGGGCAAACGAUUAACCUUCCCAAGAUUGUCACGGUGAAUGAUGGCAAGACUGGAGAUAGCGACUGGGAUGAUAUCAUUCAUGAGACCCAGCGGCUGAUGGCCUUUAUGGAUACCACGAAACGUGCUUUUGGCAGCAGUGACAGCUUAGCAAAGAUCAAUAGCAUGUCAUCCUUAUCGGCAGAUUCGGAGGAGAUCGUCACCAGGUUUUUGGAAGCAUGGCAUGGGGCAGCCAUUCAGGCAGAUCCUGAAAAUCCACUAGCAACCAUAUUCACGUCACAUGCAUACAAGAAAGAACCUUGGCACGACAUUUCUGAGCACGAAAGCAAGGAGCUCUUCACUUUUGAGCCUCCGGUUGAGCAGGACAAUGACCAAACGCUCUAUGACGUUUUAGAUUCGGCUUUAUGGUCUGACAGACCGGGGAGCGAGCUUGACGAUGCAUGGCUUGAACACUUAGCAGAGGUGCUAGUCAUUAGACUCGAUGCUCUUCAGAAACCAAACCCCGUGGGUGUGGAUAUUCAUUCUGUGUUCUAUCCAGAUCGGUAUCUUAGCAGCUGCCGAGAUUUCGCUCGUGAAUUCCGUGCAGAACGACAGCAGAUACAGGGAGAUGUGUUGAAACUCGAACAACUCAUAAAUCGCUAUACCAUCCCACGGGAGCCCGUGGGCAGCUCGACAAUCACUGAACUCCUUGAGCAAGCUGCUCAGGCGGUGCCAAUAGUUGCGCCGGAGCAAGUGAGCGAGUCUGACCAGUCUAGCUCCGGGGCGGUAGGUCCGGAGACGAUGCGAGUCGCAGAGGAAUUGAGAGCAAUUGCUACAAACAUAGAAGCCAAGCUCAAAGAACUUGAACUUAGAAAGCAGAGUGCCAUGGAGUCUCUCCGUGAGAUAUCAAAGACACUUACAGAACCUCCCAAAGCACCUUCCGAGCCCCCUGUCCACAAGUAUACGCUACGAGGUGUAUGCACUGAACCACAUGUGACUUAUGUUUUAUCGAAUUCCAAAACGAUUUCCCCAGGACACUUGAUGGAUAUGGACUCGGACGCUGAAAACAGCAAUGACUACCAGUGGUGGCGCAUCAGCUUCUCGGCGGAAGAUGGAAAGACCCGACAAGCCGACAAACUAAAAGCCCAAGGCAGCACUGCAUCCACCCAGGACGGCGAAGUUGUUGGAUACACUGCUCGGAAAGUUCAGGAGAUUGAAGUACUCCAAGCCGCCCGUGAAGAGUGGAGUUCAGUCUUACUCGUUUAUGCGAGCGAGAAUGCAGUGAAUGCACAAGUUCAUCCUGCGCCAUCUCAGCUUCAGGGCUUCGUGAACAGAGACAACGAUGCUUUUGCGGGUGAAUUCGAGAAUACCCCUACCAUCAUCUUUAGUGACCAGGAAGAUUCCUGGGCGGAGUCGAACAACGCGGAAACUAAGCACAAAGAACAGCAGCCUGAAAUGUCAGAGAAGGCCACACAGGUGAAUGUUUUUGACUAUGAGGUCUCCGGGUUCGACGACGAGCCAAAGCCCAGCCAAGAGAUGCAGGAGAAGGGUGGAACAAGUCUCUUGGGUCAUCGUGUCGCCGCACCCAACUCUACGGCGCCCACUUCCUCGCAAGCAGUUUCAGGGUGGAACAAUGCAGAUGAUGAGGACAUGUCACAUCAUCUUGAGCAUACCAUGGUUCUUGAAAGCGACGCAGUGGCCGGAGCCACCAUCGAACUCCUCGAGGCGCGCCUACGCCGCCUCACCUACCUUAUCACCGGCGCCACAGACUGGACUGGCGUCCCUACCACGCCCGAAAAGCCCGCAUCCCUCGACGAGACAGUCUCCCGCCGACUUGCACGGCUAGAAUCAGAAUUAGAACGGCUUAGUCGAAGUGUCCCAGCCAUACGGGACGUUCUACAACUCCACGAUCGCAACCCAGAUCUCUUCCAAACAACACCACCCCACCAAAUCCCCGAAGGCCUCACAACCCAAACCCUAGCCUCAAUAGUUCUCUCCUACGCUACCGCCUUCCCUGAAACCGCCUCACGCCUUACAUCACUAAACGACCUCCCCGUGCCGGACGCGCAGAGCUCUGCAGCACUGAUCAACCUACAGCCACAGCUAGACCGGCUUGCGCAGACGCAGAGCGAACAGGCGGCUGAGAUCUCGGAGCUGCGGGUGCGUACGGCGCGUGUGCUCCAGCGCUGGUAUGAUGUUGGGCUUGUUGGAAGUGGGGAGUGCUGGGCUGAGUGGGAGGGGAGAAUUGAGGAUGUUGAAAGGGAGGUUAGGAGGGCGGAGGUUGUUAGGCAGGGGAGAGAGGGGGAGAUAUAG